UACGUACUCAACUUUGAAUGAAUUUAACAAGUAUGGCAGUUGUAUCAGUGAAGGCCCUAGUACUACUUUCAGUUUUAGUAGUCAGCUCAUUCUCACAGCUCACUCAUGGAGAUCAAGUCUUUGAAAGUUUGUCUGAUGCAACGCUUCAGCGUUUUAAGAUAGGAGUACAUAAAUUUAAGCCUAAACAUAAACCUAAUAAACCUCCUCGUAGCCCUACCCCAAGUCCUCCGUCAAAGCAGCAACCACCGCCAUUUAAGUCGCCACCACCACUUAAUAAGCCUCCACCACCGCCAUCUCCCCCACAACUAUCACCACCACCAGAUUCUCAGCAACCACCUCCGCCCCCAGAUGAUGAGCAACCACCUCCACCACCAAAUGAUGCGCAACCAUCUCCUCCACCAGAUGAUGAGCAACCACCUGCUCCGCCAGAUUCUCAGUCACCGGCACAACCACCAAAUGCUGACGAGCCAUUUCAUACGACACCAUCUCCAUCACCUGCUGCUCAGCUACCAGUUAUGGGGCCGACAUCACCAGAUAUGCUGAACAGCCAUUUUAUAUAUUGGGAAAAUAGUAAAUUGGAUGUGGAUCUUCAAUCUUAAAUCUGAACUUGAAACUUCUGAAAACAUAGAAUAUAUAUUAACUAUUGACUAAUACAAAUGCAAGAAUAGUUCCAGGA